CAUAUAUUUUCAUUGUAGCGGUUGACAUUAACAAAAUAAUAUUUCGAGUAGUGCCGCUAGAGUAAAAAAAAAAGCUUUGACAGUAAUGGUAACACGAGAACUUUUGUGAAUAUUAUGUAUACGUUUAGAUAACAAAAAGUUUGUUUUGACUAUGACUGAGAAAAUAAGCGAGAGCAACGCGAAGUAUUCCAGAUAUGAAUCGAAUAUUUAGCAUCAUGAAAUUCUUAUAGGUUUACCUGUUCUGAAAUAAACACAAAAUUGGUUGAUCGAUUUCCUGUUUUGUUUAGUGAUACCUACAAGCCGGACAACCAUCAACGAUGUCCGAUCUAUAGCGCAGUACAGAGAGUUAUGUUGUAUAGUAUGGCAAAGGGCGCACCUUCGGUAAUUUUUUGUAGUCAUGGACAACCAGGCGUUUCAAACUGACGAUGACCGGCGACACCAAAGCCCUUACAUUAUAAAUAAUAACAGAUAUCAACCAAGGCCGUUCAAUAAUGACAAUUUGGUCGAAGUUAAUUCCCGAGCAAAACUAUUAAAAAACCCGACAUUCUUCAAAAAACUGUCCAUAUUUUUCGUAAUACUAGCAAUACUUUUCUUCAUCGUAAUGGUUAUAUUUAUAUUUUUAUAUUCUAAAUACAAACCAAAAAUAUGCACGUCGCAGGAAUGUUUAAGAACCGCCAGCAAUUUUCUAUCUUCUAUUAAUUACAGCGUGGAUCCGUGUGAUAAUUUUUAUAAAUUCGUUUGCGGGAAAUGGUCCGAAGAACAUCCCAACCACGGUUGGUGGAAUUCUUUUUCUAGUUUCACCACAAUUACCGAAAAAAUCGCCAUAGCUUCUAUGAAUAUUCUAAGCGAAGACAUUGAUAUCGACAAUGAUCCAGAAGCUCUCAAAAAGAGUAAAGAUUUUUAUGAAUCUUGCAUAGACGUUGACACUAUAGACGACCUCGGUAUAGCAACUAUGUAUCCAUUUUUGGUAAAAAUGAAUUUACCUAUCAUACCAAAUUUUAUGACAGCCAAAGAUAAAUCGAAAAUUCAAUUUAACUGGAUGCUGACAGACGCUUUGGCGAAGCAAAUCCUUCUGAUGGACAUCUUUAUCGGAGUAGCAGUCGGUCCAAAUAUUUUCAACGGAUCCCAAAACGUUUUGUACAUCGGACAAAUCUAUCAGACGAGCCCUUUGCCGAGCCCCUUCAAAAAAACGAGAAAAAGAAUCGUAAGACAAGAUGGUAAUAAAGAUAAAACCGCUGCAAAGCAAUUGGCAAGGACAGCAAAUGUCAACAUAAUUACAAAUUUGAUGAACGAAAUAAUUUUAAACGAAACGGGUCAAGUAGCAGCUGAAGAUUUAUUGGAAGAAGCUGCCAACGUUAUAAUAGAAAUAUCUGAUUAUAUGGAUGAGAUUGUGACAAAUACGACAGAUCCCGAUCAACAAGAAGACGACACGUACGCGUUAACAGUGGACAAUCUUCAACAUGAAAUCGACGAUUACAUAAAAACACCCAAUCCAGCAUUCUUAACCACCUACUUAAGCUAUUUAUUUAACAAUACAAAUAUCACUAUAGACACGAAAUCCGAUCUUCUCUUUGUCACCAAAUUGGACGUGCUAUUCAUGAAGAUGAUUAUCGACUAUUUAUCUGAAUUACCGGAUGUCAAUAUUGAGUUGUAUAUGUGGUGGAGCUCAGUUUACGCCAUGAUUUUUAAUACUUCAAGUGAUAUUGCUGAAUAUAUCACUAAGCAGUUGAAUUUGUUUUCUGGUAACACUGAUAGUUUGGUUAGAUCAAGAUCUCUGGAAUGUACCUUAUUAAUAAAUAAUUACAUGGGAUACGCCACCAGUUACGCUUUAGCAGAUCGAUCAUUUCAAAAUGUUACAAAACCCAAAGUAGAAAAUAUGAUUUACGAAAUAAAAAAUGCAUUUUUAAGUAGCGUGAAAGAUUUAACUUGGAUAGACGCGAAAACGAAAAGCGCAAUUUUAGAAAAAGCUGAAGAAAUGAUCACAUUCAUUGGAUAUCCAAACUGGUUAUUCGAAAAAGGAAAAUUAGAUAAAUAUUACAAAGAGAUUAUAAUAAAACCUGAUACUUAUUUAGAAAAUAUGGUAAACGUUAUCGUAGCCCAUACGAAAGAGAAUUUAAAUUCGUUAAGAAAAAAACACAAAAGAGACUGGUACAGCGAACCAAUAGAAGUUAAUGCUUUUAAUUCAUUUUCUGACAACGCAAUAAAUGUACCUAUGGCUAUUUUAAAUUUUCCAGUUUACCAUUUAGGUCUUGAAGCUUUAAACUACGGUUCAAUUGGAUCAAUUUUAGGACACGAGUUGAUUCAUGGGUUUGAUAAUUUGGGUAGAAAACACGAUAAGUACGGUAAUUUUAUGCAAUGGUGGACUAACCAAACUAUAGAAUCGUUCGAAAAUUUAACAGAUUGUUUUGUUAAACAAUACGAAAAUUUUACAAUACCGGGGGUAGAAGGGCACGUCAACGGAAAAAGUACUCUUAGUGAAAAUAUAGCCGACAAUGGUGGGUUAAAUCAAGCUUUUAAAGCCUAUACAAAUUACCUAAAUAAAUACGGGGAGGACUUAAAACUGCCCGGUUUUGAAAAUUACAAUAAUCAUCAACUGUUUUUUAUUGCAUAUACAAGUGUUUGGUGCGAGACUACAAGCGCUAAAGAUUUAGAAGACCAAUUCAAAUACGACGAGCAUUGUCCAAAUUUAAUCAGAGUUUUGGGAACUCUUCAAAAUUCGGAUGAUUUCGCGAAUAAAUUCGAAUGUCCCAAAGGCAGUCCUAUGAAUCCGAUGAAAAAAUGUAAAAUAUGGUAAAAACAGAAUAAAAUAAGGUUUAAAUCAAAAUAAUUACACGAUGUGAUAAAUAUACACGUUUUUCUCAACAAAAUUUUGCUUAAUUGUAAUUAGAGUAUUGGACUGAUUUUUUUAUGAAACUGAUCUUAAAAUGCCCGUUAUAAAAGUGUUUGAAUUAAAGAGUGACACCACUUUUAUUUCUUGUUUAUUUUACUCAUAAAUUAACCCAGACUAUACGAUGAAAUUUGUAAAUUACGCGCCAUAUAGUUAUUUUUUCUGAACGCACUCCUACUUUACUGCAACCGAGUUCAACAAUUCAAGAUCCUGUAACUCCUAUUAUACUAGAUUCUGAACAUACCAUGGCUAAUAGGAUUGUUCCAGGACAGUACAGAAUCACUCUAAAUUUACAUGUUCAUGCCUAACACAUACUUUUGCUGCGUUUGAGAAUCCACAUCGGAUGCAUUUUUUACAUCUCGAGCGUUUUUUUUAUCCACAU